AUGUUUGCUGAAUAUGUAUUGUUUGUUCUCUGUAGUAGUUGGGCAUAUGGAGAUCAAAGAACUGUGUUAACAUCUGUAGGCUCCAUAACAGGGUUUAGCGGAUUUUCCAACUUUGAUGGUCGAGGAAACGGCACAAAAGUAUGGAAAUAUUUAGGUAUUCCUUAUGCCAAACCACCUAUCGGAGAACGGAGAUUCAGAAAGCCAGUUCCUAUGUCGAACUUCAAAACUGUAUUCAACGCUUUGAAUUUUGGGCCUGCAUGCCCUCAAGACAACAAAAUGGCGAGUAUGUGGAUUCCUGGUGAAAACAACUAUUCUGAAGAUUGUUUAACGUUGAAUAUAUUUGUACCGGAAGUGACAUCCUCAAGUGCUAGCAAACUUCCGGUUAUGUUCUGGAUCCACGGCGGAGCAUACAUUAUUGGUCAGUCUGGGAUAUAUUCUGGUGAAAAUCUAGCAGCAUUUGGGGAUGUGAUCGUAAUAACAAUUAAUUACAGACUUGGAUCUCUAGGUUUCCUAGCAACUCAUGAUGACGACACCAAAGGUAACUACGGUCUAUGGGACCAACAUCUUGCCUUACAAUGGAUACACAAUAACAUUGAUUCUUUUGGAGGAAAUCCGACGGAAGUGACGUUGUUCGGAGAAUCCGCCGGCGCAGCAAGUGCCGUAUAUCAAGCAAUGUACCCCGGCAACCGAGGAUUAAUGAAGAGGAUAAUAGUUCAAAGCGGAAGUGCCAAUAGCGCAUGGGCAUUUCAAAGUCGUGAUAAAUCUGCAAGAUAUACUAGGGUCAUUGGAAAAUCACUUGGUUGCCCAGAUUUGACGAAUACUGCAGCAAUCGUAAGGUGUCUGCGUGGAAAGUCGUUUCAAGAAAUCAUCGAUCACUCGAGGGUGGGGACACCGAAGGAAACAUUGUUUAGAACAGAGUUUGCCCCGGUGAUUGAUAACGAAAUAGUAUUCAUAGACGCACUUGCAGCUUUCGUUCCAGAAAGAGCCAUGCCUCGAAAGGUAAGAGAUUGGUUUUCUGAAAUUGACGUCAUCACAGGCAUAAACAAAGGGGACGGUGGAUUCAUCACAUCAGCGUCACUGUUGCCAUACAUACAGAACAUAAACAAAUCAUUUCCGUCAAAGAAUCCAGGUGAAAUCUUGGAAGAAACUGUAAUGCCGUUACUAUUGGCAGACCGCCUCGGAAACACAUCCGCCACACUAAACAAAGUUGCAGCGUUUCUCUAUAAGGAUUGGAACCAACCUCCUAACCAAAAUACAACAUUUCUUCACGAACUUCUGGAUAUUUCUUCAGAUCAUUUUUUCUUCAUUCCCUCACUGUUCACGGCGCGUACCCACUCAGAAAUCACAAAUAGUGCUUCUACCUAUCUCUUCCAGUUUUCCCAUCAUUCCUCAUACAUCGAAACAUCUGAUUGGAUAGAGGGCGCUCAACAUGGUGAGGAGAUCCCGUACGUAUUUGGUUUUCCAGCUGGAACUUUGAAAACGGCAAUGAAAUAUCCGGAUCACGUGACCGCAACACAGAGGAUGUUGUCCACGAACAUGAUGACAUAUUGGACAAACUUUGCCAAGACAGGAAAUCCUAAUUUGCCUAUAUCAGUAGUGGACGGUCCAGUGUGGUCGAAGUAUGACCUUGACCAUCAACAUUAUAUUGACUUUGAUACCAAUAUUACAAUUAAUUCUCGAAUGUACGCUACACGCGAAGCAUUUUGGUUACACUUGGCGCGCGAACUUCAGGACACCGUCAUAUCUAGCGGGACCUCUACGAAUGUGUUUCCCCCAUUUCCGGGAAUCAUCAUAGGCUGA